AUGGACAUCUCGAGCCCGUUGUUCCCCGCGGCCCGCUUGGCGCCGCUGCCGGGGGCGCCGGCGUCGUCGCCGCUGGCGCUGACGUUGAUCCCCCAGUUGCCCGACAAACCCUUGGUGCAAACGCUGUCCCUCCAGAUCUUCAUCGUCCCGGCGGAAAAGCACUUGUUCGUCCAGGGGUUCGAGCCCCACGAGUACGAAAACCGCCCGCCCACGUUGUUGCGGGGGUGCCUCGUCGUCAGAGUGUUAAAGCACACCAAGCUUAAGCUGAUCCUGUUGAACUUUAGAGGCACCCAGCGCACCGAGUGGCCCGAGGGGAUCCCGCCGAAAAAGCUGCAGCACCAGGAAACUAAUGUUGUUGUCAACCACACCUGGCCUUUCCUCCAGCUGGGGAGCCCCGUGGGCGCCCAUAACGGCGCCGACUUCUACCGCGAGACCAACGGCACCACACACCGUGGCGAGCUGUUGGUGCGCCCGCUGCUGCGAGCGGGGCUGCCGCUGGCGAAUCACGCCGACCUGCCCUUCAGCUUCACCCGGUCACUAUCGCCGGCGUUCAUGCGCCGGACGACGCUGCCGGGGGAGCUGUCGCGGGCGGAGCUGCUGGCGCCGUUGUCGCCGGCGCCGUUGAUGCUGGCGCUGACGCUGGUGGCGCUGGCGCUGUCGCUGGGCAGCGACCUGGGGCUGUUCUCCCCCGGUGACUACAUCUACAACUUCGAACACCCGGUGCACCCGGCGAUCCCCGAACUGUGUCUGGUCACUUUCGGCAGUGUCCACUACUUUUUAGAAGCCACCAUUGGCCGCGCGGGGGCGUUUAAGCCUAAUUUGACGGCUAAGCUCCCCGUCAACAUCGUGCGGACGCCGCUGGUGAUGCUGUUGGAAGAGAACGAGCCCAUCGUCAUUACCCGUGACUGGGAGGACCAGUUGCGCUACGAGAUUGUCGUUGGUGGUAAGCUGGUGGUGCUUGACCUGUACCUCCCGUUAGCGUUCCGGUUCGUCCCCCUCUGGGGUAAAGUACAGCUCCACCGUAUCCGGGUUUACAUCACCGAAAACCUCGAGUACUACUGCAGCAACAAGAAAGUCCACCGGUUAGAACCGCAGAAGAAGUACCUUUUACUUGAGCACAAAGCCUCCAAAGGGCGACUGCUUCUCGGGAAAAACCCUCAGGACCCGGGCCCCCUCGCUCCUGGCGACGACGAGAUCUUGGCCCGCGAACUCGAGUUCCAGUUGUACGUGCCGCUGAAGUUCCCCAACAAGCCGGGGCAGGCGCUCCAUCCAGACACGCUGUUCGACAACAUCCAGGUGCACCACUGGAUCAAGAUUUGCUUGCGGAUUCUGCGCAGCGACCCCACCCGCGACGAGAAGCGCAAGCACUACGAAAUCAGCAUCGACUCCCCCAUCCACAUCCUCAGUCCGUUGGCGGCGCACGGCAACACCCUUUUGCCCGCCUACGAUAACGGCACCGUCCCCGCGCCGCCGGCGUCGCUCCCGCAGUACUGUCCGACGCCGCCGAUGUCGCCGGGGGUGGUCCCCGUCGAGUCGCUGUCGCUGGCGUUCCGCAGCUCCACGGCGCUGGCGGUGAGACUGCUAUUUGACCGCCACCAGCAGGGGCUGAGCCUGGGUGACAGCGCCAACUCGACCGCCCCCUACGAGUUCAUGCACAUCAACCUGCUGUUCAACAACGACGAGCCCAUCGAGCGCGACGCCGACAUGCACUUGGAGGCCAACUUGUACAAGCCCGACGCCCAGCUGGUCGACCCGGCGUUGCACAUGCUGCAGGCGCAGCCGGCGUUCUCGCCCCUCCAGACGCCCAUCCAGCGGCCCAUCCACUUGUUGCGCAAGCCGCUGAUGAACCCGCCCCCGUUCAUGGCCGACCAGCCGCCGCCGGCGAUCGACGUCCCCGCGGGGCUUCCGCCCGCCUACGAGGAGCGCGACCCGCUGUUGCUGCCGUUGCGCAUCGACGAAUCCCACUCUCAGGACGUGCCGCGGGUACGGUCGCUGGCGACGAUCACCGCCACGUUGGCCGGCGCCAACGGCAACGCUGCGGCGCCGGUGGCCCCGGAAGUGCUGGGACUCAAAGACAUGCUCCGCGCCUCAAUGGCCCAUGACAAACACCUGCGUUUAGAGCACAGAUUGAGUGCCGAAGAGUCUACCAGCAGCCCCGAGCCGCGACGGUCGCUGGGGGGCACCGAGCGCAGCCAGAUCAGCGACCCCAGCACCAACCCCACCACCCACAACUCGUUGGACGAAGAGCGCCCAAAAGACACCCUGGCGCCGUUGGCGGCGCCCCCCCUCACCCUCAGCGCCGACGGCGACAUCGCUAACCUGCCGUCGCUGCCGAUCCACCUGCCGCGGGGAAUGGCGGCGCUCUCCCCGAUCCGGCGCCACAUGCUGCGGCGGUCGCUGAUGCUGCUGAUCCUGCUGGACUUGGAGGUGCCUCCAGAACAGACGGUGCCGUUGCUCACGCUCUCGCAGUCGCUGUUGGGCGCCACCCUCCACCCGAACAUCAGCAGCCACACCGCCGGCGGGUUGCUGGGGUUGGGCCAGUUUGAGAAAGCCAACACUUCGGUGGGGCUGUUGCCCGACUGGGAGAUGAGACAGCCGCGACCCCCGUACGAGCCGAUGCUGACGAUCAUGGACUUGGGCGAGGUGCCGGUGGACAUGAAGUUGAUGCAGUUGCGCAACCCGCGCCGCCACCAUGCGCUGGACAACCACGCCCCGAAACAGAAGGCGUACGCCACGCCCAACUCCGUCCCCACGAGCUCGCUGCCGACGCCGCUGGCCGAUGACCCCGUCGCCACCUAG